AUGACGCCCGCCGAAAUCCCGUUCCUGCCCGCAUCCGAACUGGCCGCCGCCAUCCGUGCGCGCGAGGUGUCGGCCAUAGAAGCGGUGGACGCCUACCUGGCCCGCAUCGACGCUGUGGGCGACAAGCUGAACGCCUAUAUCACGGUGAUGACUGACGAAGCCCGCGCCGACGCGGAACGGCUGGACGCUGAUGCCUCCGCCGGCAACUUCCGCGGACCGCUGCACGGUGUCCCCGUGGGGGUGAAGGACCAGGUCUACGCCGCGGGAACGCGAACCACCGACGGCUCCAAGAUCCGCGCCGACUUCGUGCCGGAUACGGACGCCACCGUGGUGGCGAAGCUCAAGGCCGCCGGCGCGGUGAUCAUCGGCAAGACCAACAUGAGCGAGUUCGCCAUGGGGGACCCGAUCAGCAGCUGGUUCGGGCCGGCGCGCAACCCGUGGGACACCAACCGGAACCCCGGGACGUCGAGCACGGGCAGCGGUUCCGCCACGGCGGGAUUCCUCUGCGCCACCUCGCUGGGAGAGGAUACCGGCGGUUCCAUACGCGGACCGGCGGCGAACUGCGGCCUCGUAGGCAUCCGCCCGACGUGGGGGCGCGUGAGUCGCGCGGGGGUCGACGGCGCCAGUUGGUCGACGGACACCAUCGGACCCAUUUCACGCACGGUAACCGACUGCGCGCUGACGCUGGGCGUCAUCGCCGGCCAUGACCCCAAGGAUCGGUACAGCCGCACCGAACCGGCGCCCGACUACCUGGACGGGCUGGAUGGCGGCGUGCGCGGGAUGCGCAUCGGCGUGGUUCAGGAGUUGAUGGGCGGGCACGGCCUGUCGCUCAACGAGCAGAGCCGGGACGCGGUCGCGGCCGCCGCCGAGGUAUUCCGGGAACUGGGCGCCGAGGUAGUGCCGGUGAGCCUGCCCAUGGCUGCCGUCACCGGGCCAAUCGUGCGCACCAUCACCAGCACUGAGCGGGUGAGCCUGAAUCCGGAAUGGCUGCGGGAGCGGUUCGAGGACUACCACCCGAACACCCGGGUGGCCUUCGCGGUGGGCAACCUGAUACCGGGGCAGGUGUACUACAAGGCGCUGAAACUGCGGGCGUUGGUGCGUCGGCAGGUGAUCGAGGCUUUCCGCAACGUCGACCUGCUGAUACAGCCCACGUCGACCGGACCGGCGGGGUUGCUGGCCGACGAGCCGGCGGUGAUCGACAACAAGGAGAUGGCUGCGGCCGCGCUGCGCGAGGGCAGCUUCCGCGGCCUGUACAGUCUGAGCGGCUGUCCGGCGUUGAGCAUUCCGUGCGGGUUCACCAGCGAUGGAGCGGGGGCGUUGCCCCUGGCGCUGCAGAUCGGUGGGCCGCACCUGGGCGAGGCCAAGAUUUUCCAGGCAGCCUACGCCUACGAGCAGGCCACGCCGUGGCACGAAAGGCGACCGCCGGAGCUGUGA